CAAACACAUCACCAAAUCACACAAAAGAUAGAAUGUUCACAUCUUUCGUAAUUAGACAAAAUUGAUUUCCGCCAAUCAUGUCAUCAAGCGGCAAUACGAAUCGGACCGCUCUGCAUAGAAGAGGUAAAUCCAAUACAAGUGAUAGCUUUGGUGAUUUUAUCGAUUCAUCUUCUUCCGCUGCUGCACUUGAUCAUCCAGAACAAGUUGAUGAACCAAAAGAUGGCAAUGGUGAUUCUUUCAUAGAUGAUGAUGAAUGGCAAGAUGCAGAUUUAGUGGCGGGAUUUUCACCUCAAAUGCAUACCUCCUCGAUGGAGAAUUAUAUGCAGAAACCUGGCUCAGCAUCACAGACUGCCAAGGUUAAACAAUUAGACGACUUAGAUUGGGAAGCAUGGGAAACACCAAGAGGCGGAACGCCAGGCCCAAGUAAUGGCAAGGCAGCAAAUGGACAACCAAAUGAUGACUUCCUUGCAGCAUUCGAAAGAGUAUCUAUGGCUCAACGUAAUCAAACAGAACGACAGCCUUCCCCUCCAAUGAUAGAUCUUCGCGAAAUGGAAAAGAAGUUGGAACAGCAACGAAAAGGGGAAAUUCAGCUGAACUCGGCAGAUUUGGACUUUUUCGAAUCGUUUGACAAGAAUCCUCGGGCUGUGAUGGCAAACAGUCGUAGUCAAUCAAGCGAUGAGAGGGCUUUGCGAGGAGAUCAAUUGAACAGCAUGCACGAAGCACAGGCGAGCCCGAUCAAUAUUCAAACGCCCUUAGAGAUAGAUCGUGAUGGCUACUUCGAUGCCAAAGCAUCGGGAAGCCAAGAAGGAUUCUCACCCUCGUACGAGAAAGGGCAUGGUGGAAGAGGAAGUUGGUCAGAUACUGCAGGCGGUUGGGCAGGCUCAUUCCGACGUACGUUAGGAUCGAUUCGUGGUCAUCUGCCAUCAGCAAAAGACUUUUACAUUUCUGAAGAAGAUAACGAUGAUCGAGAAGGUUCAAGCAAGCCAGCUACGUCAGGCAGAGGAACGCCGACAUCAGGUUCAACGGACAAAAAGGAAGAGCACCACAAACAUCCUCGAAAGUUGGCGGAUAUAUCGCAAUAUUCUCAAACUACUCCUUUCAGCAAUCAUGCAGAUUCGGGAUCUCCCACAAAACAGACCACACCCCUACGAAGAGAUUCAGAUGGAUUCUCGGCCAGGCUGCGACCGACCGCCGGUCAUCAUAGCACAGCUCCUGUUAGUGGAGCACCCGGGUUCAAUCCAAACGCAGUUCGUAAUUGGAAUACGGGAAGUUGGUCUUUAUCUUCUCGUGAAGAAGUUGAGAGACGAAGGAAUCCAAUCCCUGUCUCGUUGAAAGGAAGACGUGAAGAGACACAGUCUGUUGUAGAAGAUGAUUUAGCAGCUUCCCUAACGGCACAUUUACCUAAACGGCUACAACUUGGAAAAUCAUGGAAAUUACUCUAUUCGAGUGAUCAACAUGGAAUAAGUUUGAGUACACUGUAUCACAAAGUAGAAACCGGUUUGGAUUUACGUAAUUUACGAAAUCCAAACACUCGAAGAACAUCUGCCGGGGUUGCUGAUGCAGAAGGAUGGUUACGUGGUGCAAGUGAUGCGACCAGGGCAGCAGUGACGGGUGUCCAACGUGUAGGUGGUGGCUUGAACAUGUCUGAUGCCGGUUUGAUAUUGGCAAUCAAAGAUGAAGAAGAUCAUGUUUUUGGAUUUUUUGCAAAUGAACGUUUACGUGCUCAAACUUCGUAUUACGGAAAUGGAGAAUGCUUCUUGUGGAAACAAACUGAUCAAGGUCAAUUGAAAACGUUCAAAUGGACAGGAAGGAAUGAUUAUAUGAUCUUGACGGAAGCGCAUUAUCUUUCUUUUGGCGGAGGAGAAGGCAAAUAUGGCUUAUGGGUAGACGGAAGACUUGAACAAGGUGUUUCUUCGCAUUGUCCUGCGUUUGAUAAUGAGAUCCUUUGUGAUGGCAAAGAUGAUUCAACUGCUCCGCAAAAAGAAGGACAAGAAGGCCGUUUCGAAUGUAUCACUUUAGAGGUUUGGGCAUGCGGAAUUGAUUAGCAAUAGGAUUUCAAUACAUUUGUAUAUUAUAUAGUUCUCACACUCUCUAGACAGUAUUUCUUUUUUCUUAAAAAGAUGGUUUGCAAUAAAAUUACAUUAUUUGGUUCGAAGCAAA